CUUGAUGAAGCUUUUUUUCCUGUAUGACUCCUAAGGCAACAGCAGAAAACAUAUACAUAUAUUCUGUAUUCAGGAUAGCACCUGGCAGCUCCUCCACCAACCACAGCUACCUCCAGUGGCUCUGAAUGGACUUUUAGUACCGGCUGGGCUCUCUGCCGCCCCCCAGUGGCUGAAGGCACAGUAGCAGGCACGGACACUCUCCAAUGAUGGGUGGCCACAAUGGACCUCUGCUGGGUGGGUUCGGCUCCACCACGGCCUCCCUGGAUAUCGGCCUGUAUGGGGGGUGGGCGGCCUGGCCUGGGAACGCGUCUGUCAGCCUGAACCAGAGCCUCCAUGGGGCCGAUUCGGGGGGUAACCUCUCGGUCGAGGCCCACACCAUCUCCCGGGAGCCCAUGAAGGAGAAGAACUGGCCGGCGCUCCUGAUCCUGGUCAUCAUCUUCUUCACCAUCGGCGGGAACAUCCUGGUCAUCCUGGCCGUGUCGCUGGAGAAGAAGCUGCAAAAUGCCACCAACUUCUUCCUGCGCUCGCUGGCUGUGGCCGACAUGCUGGUGGGCAUACUGGUGAUGCCCAUCUCCCUCAUCAACAUCCUAUACGAUUACGUCUGGCCCCUGCCCCACGCCCUCUGCCCCAUCUGGAUUUACCUGGACGUCCUCUUCUCCACGGCCUCCAUCAUGCACCUGUGCGCCAUCUCGCUGGACCGCUACGUGGCCAUCCGCAACCCCAUCGAGCACAGCCGCUUCAACUCCCGCACCAAGGCCAUGCUGAAGAUCGCUGCCGUCUGGACCAUCUCCAUAGGGAUCUCCAUGCCCAUCCCAGUGAUCGGGCUCCAUAACGAGGCCAAGGUGUUCGUCAAUGGCAGCUGCGUGCUGAACGAGGAGAACUUCAUGCUGGCGGGGUCCUUCGUGGCCUUCUUCAUCCCGCUGGUCAUCAUGGUGGUCACCUACUGCCUGACCGUGCAGGCCCUGCAGCGACAGGCCACCGUCUUCCUGUACGAGGACCGCUCCGCCUCCUCCCAGCAGGCCUUGCAGCUGUCCGCCCCGCCCCCUCAGGCCCCGCCCAGGCGCAGUAGCCUGAACUGCCUGCGGGGGGAGCCCUCGCAGUCUACGCCGCCCUCCAACAGCAUCUCGGUGAUCCCCAGCACCGACGCCCCGUCCCAGCUCAACUCCCCCGCGGGGCGGGACCUCAGCGGGCACGGGAGGCGGGGCAUGAUGCAGGCCAUCAAGAACGAGAAGCGGGCGUCCAAGGUGCUGGGCGUGGUCUUCUUCCUCUUCCUGGUGAUGUGGUGCCCGUUCUUCAUCACCAACGUGACGUACGUGCUCUGCCACGGCUCGUGCAACGAGGACCUGCUGGGGGAGCUCCUCAACGUCUUCGUGUGGGUGGGCUACAUCUCCUCUGGGGUCAACCCGCUGGUCUACACGCUCUUCAACAAGACCUACCGCAACGCGUUCUCCAACUACUUACGCUGCCGGUACCGGGAGGGGGCGGGGCGCCGGCGCUUCAACGCCUCCGCCCCCUGCCCGUCGCUGGUGGUCACGCCCACCUUGCUGUGCGGGAAGGAGGGCAUCGACCGCAACAGCAACUGCCGCAACGGCGACCGCAACCCGCCCGCCAGCGGGCUGGAGAUGGACGACGGCCAGAUGAACCCUGGGAUAUCGGAGGUAUCCGUCGACAGCUACCACACCGCCACCGAGCACACCAGCUGCGUAUGACAUGUACGGCUGAGCCGAGCUCAGUGCUCACGGCCGAUUGGCCCGGAGAGCGCACCGAUUGCAUCUGAUUGGCCGAGCACACCAUCUACGUGUGAUUGGCUGUAGACAACUGUAUCUGAUUAGCCUAGGACAUCAGCUGUGUGUGACUGGCCCCUUUCUGCUCCUCAGUGAAACAUGGGGCCCCUUCCGCUGCAGAGUGGCCCCUCUUGUGUCCGUGUUCCAGGGUACAGGUGGAGGUUCUACCAGCAUGAGACUUUCCCCUGAUCCGGCUAUAACAGUAAUAAUAAUAAUAAUAAUAAAAAUAAUAAUAAUAAUAAUGUACAUAUUCAUACUCUCGUUAUCCUUCACCAAAUUCCAGAGGAACUUAACUUGACAUUAGUCAGUUUGACAGAUUGUACUAUCUUGCAUCAAAUUACAGUUUAUCCCGGGAACAGGUGAUGGAAGUUGCUUUGCCAAAAAAAAAAACGUGCUUGUUCCUGCUUGUACGCAAUGAGAGAGAGCUUUUAAUUUAGCUUUGCAGCUUAGCUAUAUCACUACAUACACUCAGAGGCCACUUUAUUAGGUAUUUAUGAGACUUCUUUUUUUUACUUCUUGGUCUUCUGAUGCUGUAGCCCAGGGGUGUCAAACUGAAUUCCCAGGGGGCUGCAGUGUCGGUUUUUGGGGUUUCCUUCCAAUCAGCUGUCAAUGAAGGCCUUGAGAACAAGGUGUGUGGAUUCUUUAGCCAAUCAAUGACUUAAAUGAACCACAGAUGCCAAGAACAUCCCGAAAACCAGCAGACACUGCAGCCCUCCAGGACUGGAGUUAAACCAGCAGACACUGCAGCCCUCCAGGACUGGAGUUGAACCUGCAGACACUGCAGCCCUCCAGGACUGGAGUUAAACCAGCAGACACUGCAGCCCUCCAAGACAGGAGGUAAACCAGCAGACACUGCGGCCCUCCAGGACUGGAGUUAAACCAGCAGACACUGCGGCCCUCCAGGACUGGAGUUUGACACCUGUGCUGCAGCCCUUCCACUUAAAGGUUGGAUGUGUUGUGCAUUCAGAGAUGCUCUGCUGCAUACCACUGUUGUAACACAUAGUUAUUUGAGUUGCUGCCACCUUCCUGUCAGCUUGAAGCAGUCUGAUCAUUCUCCUCUCUCAUUAACAAGGCGUUUUCGUCCUCAGAACUGCUCACCGAAUGUUUUUGGUUUUUUCGCACCAUUCCCUGUAAACUCGAGAGAGAGACAGAGAGUGAGAGAGUGUUGUGCAUGAAAAUGAGAUCAGCAGUUUUUUUACAUACUCAAACCACCCCUUCUGGCACCUACAGUCAUCCCAUGGCCAAAGUCACUUUGGCAUUUCUUCCCCAUUCUGUUGUUUGGUCUGAACAACAACCGAACCUCUUGACCAUGUCUGCAUGCUUGUGUACAGGUCUAGCUACAGUAAUAAAGUGGUGGCUGAGUGUGUAGGGUGCCUAACCUGCUCUUAUUUAAUUGCAACCGAACUAUAUACCGCUUAACAUACUGCCCUGUACUGUGGCGUCAGAGCACCCUCAGGUGGUAGCAGAUAUAAAUCACAUUUUAUACAUGUAAUGCACUAUAAUAAUAAAAGGUGUUUGUCAGUAAACUGUACAGAAUGGUUUCACAUGGAAAUAAAAGACUGUGAACUCGCCACAUAAACCAAGAGAGCGAUAAAAAAAAAGCAGACAAUGAUUUAUAUUUUGUAGCUGUUGUAUUAGAUCAGGGAUCAUCAAAUCACAGUCCUGGAAGAACUGUUGGUUUCCACCCUCCCUUUACCUGGGAUUCAGGUGUGAAGACAGUCUGGCCAAUCAGUAGUACUAAUUGUUCAGCUAAUUACCUGGUACAAAAGAAAACCAGGGCCAGAUUUGGAGUCAAGGUCCAGAUUUGAUGAUUGCUGUAUUAGAUUAUUAUUUAUUCCCUCAGUGAUUCACUGGAAACGUUUGUGAGUAAUCUCCAAUUAAUUAACCAAUUGCACCCAUGGUCUGAACAGGCCUGUUGAUGAAGAACAACAGCUGAUCCUACAUUGGACCACCCCACCACCACACUGCCAUUUCACAUGACAAAAAUCACCCACUGCCCUAAAUCACUUCCACACUCUCCCUUACACCUAUGCACAGCAUCAAGCAAUACAGAUGAAUGAAAAAUUUCAUCAACCCAAAAUACAAACAGCACAAGACCUUAACAAAAUGCAGUAUGUAUAUUGUUCUGAAGUGUACUAUCUUUUCUUUUCUAGUUCGCAUGUUGUUUGAAAUCUGGAGCUCAUUCUAGCAUUAACAGUAGCAAAACUAAUAGGUUCUUCUGGCUUGGGCAUUCAAAAGAAAGGGAAAAAAUAAUGACUUGCAAAGGGUGCAUUAGAUUAUUAUCUGCCAUUUUGAACAAUUAUAUUGAGCCAUACACAGAUCUCUCAUUGUCUCUCACCAUCCAAACUGCCACAGACCUACCUGUGCAGUAUAUAUUGUAACAUGGCAAACAGGUGUGCAGGUGUGCUGGUCUUGUGGCUAUUGCUAUACUGGUUGCGAAAGGGAGCAAACAUGCAUAUGAACAAAAGUAAGAGGAAGGCAUGGAUCGGUUGGACAAUUUUGUGUUGAGAUUCUGUGUUUUCAAAAGCAAGAACAAAUGUUUGCACGCUCUCUAUCUCUCUCUCUCUCUCUCUCUCUCUCUCUCUCUCUGUGUCUCUCACUUUCUGUGAGCGAUCUACAUAUUUGCGCUGUAUAUUUUAGCUGAGCUAACAGUGUAUAUAGAAUAAGGAAUGCCAGUGUUUUAAAUCUCAUUACCCUUAUCAUGAUAUGUGGAUAUGGAUAUUUUUGUGGUGCAAUGAUAUGCAUUUCUGUUUAAUCCAUCUGCACUGUGGUUUUCUUUCCUGUGACGCUGCUGCUUAUUUAUUAAAGGUUUGUUAAGACGU